CGAACAUUUUCAAUCCAGAUCUGACUGUGAUUUAGAAGAUAAAUUUAUAAUGGCUCAGUAUAAGGUGACUAAUAGCGAGAUGAAAGUGCUCGAUGGCAGGCCUGAGAAGGUAGAUCAAGACCUGAACGAUGCGGCUCUUAAGAGUCUAGAUCUUGAAGAGUUUAGUAGAAAGCAGAUGUUGGAUGAUUAUAGAAGAGGUUUUAAGGAGGAUUAUAACCAUAAAUAAGCAAAUACAAAUGACUGAGAAGAUUAAAGGGGAAAGAGACAGACAAGAAUACAUUAGGAUGUGCAAUGAGAACUCUGCUAAAGAGAUUCAGAAUGAGAAAAAUUUUAAGCAAAAAUUUAUUGAUUUCGACCAAAAACAGACUCAAAUCAACAAUAAGUUUCAACAAACUGUGUUAAAGGAUUAUUCAAGGAGAAAUAAACACAAAGAUGCUAUUACUAAUAAUAAACCUGCUUAUUAUGAUAGAAUUGAAGGGGAAUAUUACAACUAUCUUACUGACAAAUCUAAUAGAAUGAGGUCAGCUUGGCAGUUUCAGAAGGAUAAGAUCCAACAAAAGUACAAUGAGGUCAGCAGAAUUCCAGAAAUGAAGACCAAGAUGGGAGAUAGCAGCUAUAAGAAAUUCCAAGAGUACCAAGAAGAGCAAAAGAAGAUGAGACAGGACAAUAAGAACAUGCAAACACAAUACGCUGGAUUACUCAAAACUCAGGUUGACAUUAAAAAGGAUAGUAAGAAAGUAUCUGAAGCAGAUAAGCCAAAUAGCAUUUUCAUUGGAAAAUACAAACUCCAUAGAAACUCUAGCUUGCCUAUGAUUCCAGGGAUCCAUUCUAAUUCUUCUCUAACUGGAGUUGGAGACCUUGACUCGUUCACUAAUAAAUUCAAAGGAAGCAGGGUACCUCAAGAGGCACUUGAAGAGAAUAGAAGAACAAGAAACUUAUUGAACUCUUAUAAAACAAGUAUCCCAAAUGCUAAAUUAGGAAAAUCUGCACUGAAAAACUCAAGAAAUACUUUAAGAAAGUCAGGAUUAUCCACUCUUGGGAGCACAGGAAAUAAUAGGUACUCUACCUUUGAUGGAAAUUCCCUACAUAAGGUAAAUACCAAGACAACAUCUGUUAACCAAUACCCUCCCGGCCAAAAUUUCAACAGAAGCAAUGUCGAAGGCCACAUCAAUCACAGAGUCACAGACACUUUCAGAUCAACCCUUGAGCUAUAAUCCAUCUUUAAUUGAAACCCAAUAUUUC